ACGCGCGCACGCACACGCUCCCCUCAGCGGCGUUGCUGGUGCGACCGAAGAGGAGGCAAGAUGGCGGCCGGCGGCGGCAAGGCCUCCUCCUCCUCGUCGUCGUCGUCUUCGUCGUCGUCGUCCUCCGCUGCGGCGGCGGCGGGAGGAGGAGGAGGAGGGGCAGGAGCGGCCUCUUCUUCCUCGUCGUCGUCGGGCCCUCUGGAGGCGUCGCUGGACAGGAAGCUCCAGUCGGUGACCAACACCAUGGAGUCCAUCCAGGGCCUGUCGUCGUGGUGCCUGGAGAACAAGCGGCACCACAGCACCAUCGUCCACCACUGGAUGAAGUGGAUGCGCAGAUCUGGCUUUCCGCAUCGCCUGAACCUUUUUUACCUGGCCAACGAUGUCAUCCAGAACUGCAAGAGAAAAAACGCGAUUGUGUUCCGUGACACGUUUGCCGAAGUGCUCCCGGAGGCUGCCGCUUUGGUGAAAGAUCCAUCGGUCUCCAAAUCUAUAGAAAGAAUCUUUAAAAUCUGGGAAGACAGAAAUGUGUAUCCAGAGGAAACCAUCACAUUACUAAAAGAAGCUUUAAGUUCCACUUUCAAAACUCAGAAGCAGCCGAAAGAAACUCAGAGCAAACAGUCAACUAAAUCAUGGAAGAAAUCUCAAACCUCUACAAAUCCAAAAGCUGCUCUGAAGUCCAAGAUCGUUGCAGAAUUCCGGCCGCAGUCCCUCGUCGAUGAGCUGCUCUGCUACAAGCGUUCUGAGGACCAGAUAGAGCUGAAGGAGAAGCAGCUCUCCACCAUGAGGGUGGACGUCUGCAGCACCGAGACCCUGAAAUGCUUAAAAGACAAAACAGGAGGAAAGAAAUUCUCCAAGGAGUUUGAGGAAGCGAGCGCCAAGCUUGAAGAGUUUGUCAACAGCCUGGACAAGCAAUUGAAAACCAGCCCGUCCUUGACGGAAGUGCUUGAGAAUGCGGGGAUAUUCUAUGAAGCGCAGUAUAAGGAAGUCAAGGUGGUGGCCAACGCUUACAAGACAUUUGCCAACAGAGUGAACAACCUCAAGAAGAAACUGGACCAGCUGAAGGCGACACUUCCUGAUCCUGAAGAAUCGCCUGUCCCCUCCCCAAGUAUGGAUGCCCCCUCCCCAACUGGCUCAGAGUCUCCCUUCCCUGGGAUGGGAGAGGAAGACAAUUCCCCUUCCCCAGAGGCAGAAAGAGAAAAGUCUCCUUCUCCGGAGCCUGCAACGGACAAUCGUGACGUAGAGGAUAUGGAACUAUCCGACGUGGAGGAGGAUGCUCCAAAGAUUAUCGUGGAAGAACGGAAAGAGAAGCCGGCUGCUUUGACACCAGGCCCUCCAAAGAUGAUGGAAAGUGUCCCGAAAAUGUCUCCUUCAACGACUCCAGCAGCUGCAGCACCGCCGCAGCCGCAGCCGCCAGCAGCAGCAACCGCCACCACCACCACUGUGGGUGUGGCAACGGUGGCUCCGACCCCUGUCACCCCUCCCACCCCGAAGCCAGCCACCCCAGUGCCGCCCCUUCCCCAGUCUCCUGCGCUCGCAUUGCCGAACCUUGCCAACGUGGAUUUGGCCAAGAUCAGCUCCAUUCUCAGCAGUUUAACGUCAGUUAUGAAGAACACAGGUGUCAGCCCUGCUUCGAGACCAUCCCCUGGCACCCCAACGAGCCCAACGACUCUUAUGAGCAGCUUGAAGACUCCAGUUACAGGCCCUCUGUCUGCACCUCCAAAUCCCUUGGCAAAUAUCCUCUCCAAAGUGGAGAUCACGCCCGAGAGCAUCCUCUCGGUUCUCUCCAAGACCCAGAGCCAGGCUUCACCAGGCUUGCAAGGUUUGUCCUCGUUCCUUCAAAGUGUGGCUGGAAACACAGCCCAGCCCCCUGAGAUGGCAUCCCAGAGUACAUCGGCAUCGCCAGCCAACACAACAGCUUCUUCCAUAAAGGGAAGGAACAUUUCAUCCAACACUCAGCCCUUUGUGCCCCAGAGUUUGAGUUAUUCUCCAAAUUCCUCCUCCUCAGCCGAGGUUUCUUCCACGUCCGUCAAUAAGGUUCCCUCUGGUCAUAGUGCAGGGCUCUCCAGUUCCAGUUUCAAACCUCCCACCAAUUCCUUAGGGUUUACCAGCUCCCAUAGCGGAAGCCCUUCCCUUCGGCCUGUUGAGAGCCCGGCGAGCCAGUCUUCUGAGCUCAUGGAGGCCAAGCUGGAGUUAGAGCCUCCUUCUCCCAGUCUGGAGAUGAAGAUACACAACUUCCUGAAGGGAAACCCAGGUUUCAGUGGCUUAAACCUGAACAUCCCCAUUUUGAGCAGCUUAGGGUCUGCCACUGUGCCCCCCGAAACCCAUUCGUCAUCAUCAUCGGAUUUCAACCGUGGGCCCACAAGCACUUCCAUGGACAGCAUCGACGGGACUCCUGUCCGCGAUGAGCGGAGCGGGACGCCUACUCAGGAUGAGAUGAUGGACAAGCCCUCCUCCAGCAACGUGGACACCAUGUCACUGCUGUCAAAGAUCAUCAGCCCCGGCUCUUCUACCCCAAGUAGUACAAGAUCACCUCUUCAGAGCAGAGAUGACAGCUAUCCCCAAGAACUGUCUAACUCGGUGUAUAGGUCAUUCGGCCUAAGCCGAGAUUCCCCAGCUGGUAUGUACAAGCAGUCCUCCGAUGGGAUAGAAUUACCUUCCUCCUUAAUGGAUUCCCCGCAGGAGAAGUUCUACCCGGACACCUCAUUCCAAGAGGAUGAAGAUUAUCGUGACUUCGAUUACUCUGGCCCUCCGCCCUCUGCCUUGGUAAACUUGGAGAAGCAGCCGGCAAAAUCAAUCCUGAAGUCCGGGAAGCUCUCUGACCCAUCGGACUACCAACCCGUUCUGUCAAGUUACAGUCAAAGAGCUUCGAGGUUUGGUCUGAAGUCUGCUUUUCCUCAGUCCAUGAGAGCUCUCCACGACCAGAGUGAAAGCUGCGACCCAUUGUCCUCACCCAGAAUGUACGGAAGCUACAACUUGCGGGGAAAUGACUCUGGCUCAGAUGCAUCUCCUACGCCAAGCAAGAACGACGUCUUUUUCCCACCGGAUUCUAAUCACAAUAGCUUGUCCAAAUCCAUGCCUCAGAAACAGUAUCCAGAUUCCCCUCAUUUGGUUCCACACAGGUCACUCUUCUCCCCACAGAAUGCGCUCAUGGCCCCAGCCAGUAGACUCCCUGCGGCCAAUGCAGAUAAGCCUGUCGUGUCUUCCAUCUCGGCCACUUCAACCAUCGAGUUUAAGAACAUGCUUAAAAACGCAUCGCGCAAGCCCUCCGAUGAGAACAAGCAUUUUAGCCAGGUUGCUAAAGGAGGUGCCAGUGAUGGCGCGGGCCUCUCCAGCCUCAGCCAAGCAGGGAUUUCUGCAGGAGGAGAGCAGCAGAAGCAGCAAGAAGAGCACUACCGGAUCGAGACCAGGGUGUCGUCGUCUUGCUUAGACUUGCCUGACAGCACCGAGGAGAAGGGAGCCCCCAUUGAAACACUGGGUUACCACAAUGCUUCUAGUAGGGGCAUGUCUGGGGAGCCCAUUCAGACAGUAGAGUCCAUAAGAGUUCUUGGGAAAGGGAAUAGAGGACAUGGGCGAGAGACCACCAGAGCAGGGUGGUUUGAGUUGAGCAAUGCAGGUAGUACCUUUGAUAACGGUCCUUCAAGCGUAACAGAGAUGUCUACCAUGGGCGCUGGUGGCGGCGGCGGCGUACCUGGUUUCCAGACCCAGUACAAAGACCGCGUGCCCCCAUUUCAGGAGAACGUCAACAACUUCAGAGCCGGUGGCUUCACCGCCACCUUCGACCGCCACGUACCACCGCCUCCCUUAGAGCACGGGGCAUCAUUCCCAAGGGACCAAAUGGGGCCGCCUCCCACGGGGCCUCCGUCUCUUCCUCCAAAGGAUCUUGGCGGCCUUUUCUCUCGGGACCAUUCGGUCCCACCACCACGGAUGCCGUCAGUGGAUCACACCAGCCCUUUCUCGAAGGAAGCGUCCUCCCCACUUACCUUGCCCCAUGGCGUCCCUCCUCCCCCGCCUUCUUCCUUGGAGCGCAGCGGAGUGCCGUUCCCCACCCAGCCGCCCCCUCCUCUCCCCGGGGAACAUGGCAGCGGUCCAUUUUCCAGCCCACCACCACCUCCCGGGGAUCUCGGCCUCCCAUUCCCGGCGCCACCUCUCGCUGCCGAGCACCAGAGCGCCUUGGCUGUCCACCAAGGAACGAUGAAAGAGCAUUUUAACAUACAGUCAGGAGCAUCUCGGGACCAAGUGGCCCAGGCUCAGCGUGACCACGGUGGCCAGUCCCUUGGUCGGGCUCGAGAGAACGUAGGCCUAGCAGCCCUUUCAAGAGAUCCGCUGGGGCCAGCCCUUAACAUCGGCUCCUCUGUCCCCUCUCACCGGGACGGCACAAACCGAGGUGGGCUGGGGGUUAGGAUGCAGAGGCCAGAUUUCCGGCCUAGGGAGUUGUUCUUAAACAGAGACCCCUUCAACAGCUUAAAAAGGCCUCGGCCCCCUUUUGCCAGAGGCCCUCCCUUCUGCACCAAAACGCCCCUUCUUCCCCCCCAGGUACUGAAUGAAGGUGUUCCAGAACUUUCUAGAGAGCAGCGGAAGUGACGUGUUCACUUUCAUUUUAUUUUUAAUACUUUUUUCCCCUAAAGGGCCCCACAACUUUUUUUCCCGUUGUCAAUUAAGGUAUGUUCUCUAUUACUACAUAUAUAUACACACACACACACUUUCUUUUGUUCUGUUGGUUUGGAGGUUUUUCUUUUUAGUUGUUGCCCUAAAUUUGGGGGGGGAGGAAGGUUUUUGUGUUUGUUUUUUUGCCAGAAUAAUUUAAAAACUAAUCUUAAGUUGGUUGUUGAUAAUAAACACUUUUCAGUUCAUCAGAAGUGGGGCUUUUUAAAAUUUUCUUCCUUUCUUUUUCUUUUGAGCCAAUAUGUAGCAAACCGGGACUCCCCUAGAAUCAAAAUGGGAGUUAGGGAAAGAUCCUUUUUUACCAAAUACAUUUUGGAAGAGAAAAGGUCCUGAGAAUUCAAAAUCUGCCUUUCUUGCUGCCAACUUUAACCCUUCCUGUCCCUCUUUUCUCCUCCCCCCCAAUUACUCUUUGUCCCUGCCUGCACCCUUCUUCAGCGGCACAUGCUUUUUCUCUGUCCAUUUGAGUUGAGUAAACCGUUAGGAAAAGGAGGGGAAGCGCCUUCUCUGUGCAGCUGCUAAUCCAUCCCCCUUCUUUCUUUUUUGCUGUCCUUUUAGGUUCUUUAAAGUUCCCACAUACUUCUUGGAUGGGCCUGGGGGGGGGGAAGAGGAGAAACCCAUGAAAGAAUAAUUUGAGGAUUUUUAAAUUGAUUAUCUGGGGCUAGGUUAUACCUGAUUCAGGAUGGAACAUCAGCAAGCCCCUUCACUGUGUAUACAGCUGGCUGAGGCUUAAGGCUUGCUUGACCUUGAGGGGUGCAAAGAGAUUGCUAUAGAGUCAUGGGUAUGGGGGUGUGCGGGUGUGUGUGUGUGUACAGCCUGCAUUAUCCCCUCCUUCCUGAAGCCACCUAUCAAUUGCUUGACAAGAGCCAAAAGGCUGCUCUCCCCCUCUCCCCCAAUUAUAUAUAAGCCUUAUUGUGGGCUGGACUUGGCCUGUGACUUGACAAGCUGCGUACCUCUAAACUCAAAACAGAGUCGCAAGUCAGGCUCUUCUUGCCUCCUGGUUUUUCUGAACCCCUCUUUGCACAAAUAGCAAGCCUUGUGCUCUUGCAAGGAGGUCUAGCCGGUCACCAAAACGGUUUGGUGUCUACAGUUAAUGUGUAGCAUUUUUAUACAGGGCAUCCCUGCCUAAACACACACACACGUGUAUGCAUUUUGGCGUAGUCAAUUUUCACAUUCCUUGAUCGCAUUCCACAGACAGAGGCCCCGUCUGAUACUAUGUGAAGCUUGCUUCUGCCCGUUCAGGCUUUCCUCCCCUAAAAAGCAACCUCAGGAACUGAGAUGAACUCAUGUUACGAGAUGAAAUGGCCCCAGAUUCUCUUCUCUCUGCCCCUCCUUCCGGCUUCCUAUUUUCCCUUCAUUUGCUUCCUUGUAUUUCUCUCAACACAGCUGUGGGCAUAGAAAAAUUUUCUGCAAAAACUGGAAUUCUCUAAAUAACCGCAUUUUUCUUUUCCUUUAAGGCAACGGGAAAGUUGUACUGAAAAAACAACUUUGGAAUAUUCUGAUGUUUUGUGCAUUUAAAAUAAUAUUCCAUAGCUUGCGUGUGCACAAGUCUUUUUUUAAAAAAUACAUAGCAUGGAUGUUUUUUAUAUAUCAGGUAGAUUUGGAAAGUCCUGGGGUUGUGAAGAGGUGUUUUUUUAACCUGACAAUCUUAAAAUGUUGGGGGUUUUUUCUUUUCUUUUUUAAGGUUAAACCCAACACCCUCCUCGGGUGAUGUCCACUUCCCCUAAUUUUCAGUUCUGUUCUCUGAAACAUUAAUUUUGGCAAAUGGUGAACCCCACAGAGGUUGACUCUCAAAGACAUUCAGAUUCUGGUGUUCUGAUUUUUUCUAAGGCAGGAGGGAUGAUCACCACUGCGCUCCCUGUUUAUGUUUGUGUGGCCAGUUCUUGAGCAAACCUCUAGCAGGAAGCAGAAAGGUUGAUUUAAAUUCUCUCCCAAGCUGAUUUAAUUGGCACGACGUCUCCCAAGGAUCCCUGGGAACUGCUGGCUUGUGAGUGCUAGAGCAUGAACACCCCUCCCUGAAUUUGAAAUUCCCAAAGGUCCUUGCGGGUGGCAGGGCCCACAGCUUAACCUUGCAAUUUGUGAGCCUAGUUUUUACCCAGCUGUUAUAUCUCAAAUGGUACCUGUCAUACAGAACAAACAUAGUUUCCCUUGCAACAUGAAGAAAGCCAACACUGGCUAAUUUGUACAACUCUCUUUCUUAAUUGCAUGACUUCUGGUGUCACUCUGGAUAAGUGUUUACUCUUGAUAAGUCUUUAGACAUCUGGGAAGUUUUGUUUUUCCACCUAAGAGAAACAUCACUUAUGCUAUGCUGUAUAUAAGCCCAAUGGGUUAAUCUGCUGGAGAGCUCUCCUGCACAAAACAAGCUCAUUUGGGUGGGGUUUGCACAGGUGAGCUUUCUGGUGGAUCGUGCCCUGAGCCAGCAUCGAUUUUUUUCCUUGUUUCUUAAGGCAGGCUUCACAAAUUCGCAAAGAGAUUUAAAACAAUAUUGAAACAUAGUGAAGAUGGUUUGGUGUUGGUGGCCACGUGGUGGUUUUUGUUAGGUUAUUUUUUUUCCUUGCUAGGAUAAAGAAUGUGAAACUUCUUGUUUCUGCUGCUCUCUCCCCCUGUGGCGAUUGCGUUGAUCCUUUUUAAAAACUGAAAAGUCUGGAGGAAGGUAACUAAGAGUUAACCGCUGCUCAGAUUGCCACACAAUAAUAGGAAUCAGAGGGUGCCAUUUGGGUGCCUUGCAGGAAAAGGAAAGCAACUUGUAAGAGGGACAAAAUAUUUUAAUGGUAAAAGCGCCAUCUCUUUCCCUCCUCCUCUUUUUACAUAUAUAUAAAUAUACACACACACAUAUACCUGAUUUUGUGGUUUUACUUUAAAAUGUUAACAGUUAACAAUGUACAUAUGUGUGUGUAAAGAAUUUAAAGCAAGUUAGGUUGUUGGACAGGAAGGCUUUCCCUGUCUUUGGUUCCCCCCCUCCCCCUUUUCUCUUUGCUGUUACUUUUUGUAUUUCGCCCGGUAAGAGAGAAACAAAAUGAAAAGAAAUAAAAAUGUAUUUUUUAAGGAAAACAUUAUACUCUCUCUCAUGAAGGACAGACUUUCCUAGGAGAGGAAGGAAGGCAAAAGCCCACAGACGUGCUUUCCAGCUGUUCUAGAAACAUGGAGGGCGGGGUGUGCGUGUGUCGAAAGUGUCCCGCUGGUGCAACCCACUCCUCAUUCACACUCAAAGAGCAGCUCUUGUUUAUAGAGUUGUUUGGAAACCCACCCCAGAUUUCUUAGUGUACAUAUUAUCCAGAGCGAUUCCCCUCAGAUACACAUUUUGGCAUUCCUAGGGGAAAUACUUGCAUAGCAGAGGGAAAUAAGUGUAUUUAGUUCUUGCUUGCAAAGGGUUGGGCACUUGGCACAUUCACAGAGUCUUUCUUUUUGCCCACCAAGUGGCGGUUGGGAAACCUGAGCAGGUGCUGCCUUUGUACUGCCCAUGCUGAGGGUGCUACCAUUUGGGGGACAGACGCCCCGCCACCCACCGCAAUACACCUAGAGGUGGGCGGCUGGGCUGCCGUUUGGAAUACGCUGUGUAAAUAAUUGAUGUGCUUUUUAUUUUGGUUUGUUUGUGUGUGCGUGUGCUUGUUUUUUUUAAAAAAAAAGUUUGAUCAUUUGUUGAUUUGGUUUUAUUUUUCAAGCGUUUCCUUGUGUGGGAGUUGGCUUGGGGGAUGGGGGUCUGAGGACACAUAAUGUGCAUUGGGCAACAGCAAACAUCCUACAGACCAUCUUCUCAAUUGUGUAUAUUAACCCAAUUUAAUAAAAUAACCUAGUUUGAAUGUUUUAUAUAUAUAUAUAUAUAUCUUCUUGUCAAUAAGGCCUCUUUUAGUGUGCAAUAGGUGCAUAAGUUUGAGAACGCAAAGGGGACCCACCACCAACCCGUCCCUGCCUUGCUUUGCAAUCUGGAGUUGCUUCAACGUCGACCAAGUGGGGCCCAGUGGAGGUCAGAGUUGCCUGCCGUUGAAUGGAGGGGGGAAGAGCAGUGCCGGUGGGAGAACCACGGUCCAGUUUUCCAAAAGUCCUGCAAGCUCCCUUUUGAGGACGUCUGACUGUUGCCUUUCAUUUAUGCAUAUAUCCAAAGCUUAAAAACACAAUUGAAGCAGUGUGGGUUUUUUGAGGUUGUCCCUUUCACCUGUCCUCCCUCCGUCCCUCCCUCACCUUAUUUUUGUAUUGUAUACUAAUAAAGUGUUCUUGACUUGU